ACAUGCCCGCGCAGUCUAUAAUCGACCUUGUACGCGUCUUCACCGGGGGUGUAGCUCGUUGGGGAUGGCAUGUUUGGACGACCCUAUAAGGCAAUUUGCGCUGAGCCUCUUAUAUAGUGUGUUGGCCGCAAACACUACACAGCCAGUUCAACAUCUUCUCUUUAAUCUCCCAUUUGUUCUUCCUCAUGAAUUAAGUAGGUGCAUGGUAGGAUCCCAGCUUUUAUCAAGGUCAGCUGCAUCACGAACGGCUAUACAACAUGCACGUAUCCGUACCUCAUGCAGUAUGUACUGUUACUUCAGUUCUUUCAAUCUCCUAGCUCCCUCUCCCCAUUAGAUAGUGAAGUAAUAUCAGUAUUGUGUGUGUGUGUGUACUCUCUCUCUUAUUACCCCGCGGCCUCGUUGUCAUAUCAGUAUCGUUGCCUUCCCUGAUCCCCUCUUGAGUCCCCCGCAUCAAAAACGCUGCAAGCAAGCUCCCCCCGGGCCAACCUUUAACCUAACUU